AUGUUUCCAUUGACAAUCAGCACUCUCAAUGACUCAACAUAUGCAAGGUUUUUUGGUACCAUCAUUUAUCAGGUAAUCUCACCUGAAUUUCUUGGAACAAACUAUUUUACUAUCUUUUUACUGGCUUUUGCGAUCUUCUUCACACUCUAUCUAACAUAUUACUACUUUAGACGUGACCAGUUGGUUUUUCAUCAUGCACAAGCCCCUAUUUGUUUCAUUUUGCAAGAUUUGGCACCAGUUUUAGUGAAUUAUACAGCAUCAUGCAUGUGGCAUUACAUAGAAAAGCUUAUUCUCGGCGAACAGCCUUAUUUUUAUUUAUCUUCUGCCAUUUUUUCCUUUAUUAUAUAUAAUAUUUACACUUUCAUUGGUGCGCUUUUCCAUUAUAGUAUUACAAAAAGGGAUUCUCCAUGCUACUCUUUCUGGAAACACUUGCAUUUCUUCUAUGUCAACUUAGUUAUAAAUCUUGUUCAGCAAACAUGGGCAAUUCGAAAGGUUUAUGCCAGAGGAAUAUUUCCAUGCCUAGGUUUGAGCUGGUUAGCCUCUAUUUGCCUGCUUUUUUGGAACUUUUCCUUCCCAUAUUUUACAAAAUUCUCAAAUUCUUACGGUUUUGAGAUCUACGGUGUUUCAUUAACAUAUCUAACACUAGAGAUAUCCUACUAUGCCGGACAUAUCAGUUUAAUCUUCAUGAUUUUGUCAUUUUUCAUUACUUAUCCAAUAUGGAAUUCUUUCAUCUCCCAUGUGUUUUUCACUAUCGGAUGUAGAUUUUACCAACGUUCUUUUGACAAAUAUUUGGGAAAUCUUUCUGAUGGAGAUGAUUUUAACUAUAUUCGGCUUCCGAACAUCUCAGAACCUCGUCAUAAGUCUCUUCUACACUUUGCGUUAGUUACUGACUACGAAGAUCUCCAUUCUCUGCUAAUUGCAGCAAUUGAUUCAGAUAGAAGUGAAGAGUUGACAAUAGAAUGCGCCAAAAUGCUUAUGAUCAGCUCAUCAAUACCACACAGGAUCCGUGAGAAGCUUUUCCAAAUAGAUAUUAAGAAAUUGUCAAUUUCUGCAAAACACUUCUUGUGUGAGCUCCAAUACGAAAUGAACAAGUACAGAUUAUCAGAAAUAGACAUAUCCGAGAGAAUCAGCUUCCUUCAAAACGAAAAACUGAAGACAAAAAUCGCAUUAUACGCUUUUUCAAAUUCUCUUUGCGAUUCACAGUAUUUCAAGUACAAAUACAAUCUCAUUGUCAAUUUCGCAUUGAUGUCCCACAGUUUCAAACAGAUGUGCAACUAUUCUGUUUCAUCAACACCUUUAUCACAGGAUUUGCUGUUUAUGUUCAGUGAUUACCUGUAUAAAUGUGCUGGAGAUCAUGUUCUCAUCAACAAAAUCAACGAAAAAGUUCAAAAUUUGAAAGGAUCUUUGAUUCAAACAGGAGAAAUGAAGCCAGAAGUCAUUGUAUCAUCGAACACGUUAGGUUAUGAGUCAGAUUCUCAAGACGAAUUCAGUAAAAAGAUUAUGAAUCAAAAAGCUUUGGAUUCUACAUCAGAUACGUCAUUAAUGUGCUUCAAAUUCCUUUCUUUAUGUAUAAUAGUUGAUCUUUUCUUCCCUCCAAUGACUAUGUACAAAUAUACGAAUUCUAUUGAGUUCAUUCCUGAUGCUUUCUUCAAUUACAUGCACUCUCCUUCCUUCUUUAAGUCGUAUUAUACUAUUGUGAACAUCGAAUGGUUCCUAAAUUCAAUGAAUUACACUUUAGGAAACAAUUCUUUGCCAUCAAAGUACAAAUGGAUCGGAUAUCACAUUUUAGCACAAUAUCUCAAUGUAGCGAAGUGUCCCAAAGACAAUCAGAGGGUUAUCAAUGUAGAAAGCUCAGAAUUGAUCAAUUUCAAAGAAAAAUUUUAUAAUUUUUGUUCGAAAUUGUUCAUACAAACGAAAGAUGACCCUUAUUACUGGAAGGCCUUGCAGGAUGGACAUCAAAGCCUCGUAUAUAUGUAUGGUUUGUUCACUCCUUUAAUUGAUAGAUACAUUGACUGCGCAUCUUCAAUCAAAAUGAAGGUAAGGACGAAUCACAUUGUGCAUACGACCAUUGCUACCAUUGUUUUAAUGGUUUUCGUGGCAAUAUGUCUGUUGUAUAGUGCGAAAUCUGGAAUUCGGAAAGCAUUAAACGUUUUUAGUGCGAUAGAGACCCAAACUCUUGAUGAAUUCAGGUCUUCCCUUUACGUACAGAUACAUCACCAGCCUUCAUAUCGAACAGAAGACCACGAAUUGAACGAUGACGGCGCAUUAGACUUAGAAGAAAUAGAAGCAGAUGAUUACCAGCAGAAUUUCGAUGACAUGAAUGAUUACACUGAACUCAUUGACAAAUCCCUUAAAAUGCCAAUCCAAUUAUCCAUUUUCGAUCCGGCCAGAAACUUGACACUUUUUGUUUACAUCGUCUUCAUAUUUAUUUUUAGGUAUGUUAUUUGUUUCUUUGUUAUUUAUUAUUUUUCGGCAUCUGUUGUUGAUAUUUCCACGAAAAGUGUUGAAUUUGAACAUUUACUCAACAAAUCGAGUUAUUUGUUCUUAGAAAUCAGCAGCAUGUUAUCGAACAUCACUGGUAAUUCAUCAAUUUAUGUCAAUAUACCACAGAAGGUUAAUUACACUGAGAAAAACAACACAGAGCUCGAUAAAAUUAUUCUAAUUUGGAAUAAUUUCAUUGAAAAUCUUGAAAAUUACAGUUUCUCAGAGAAAUUAUCUAUUAUUACUAAUAUAACAAUAUCUACAAGUUCUUUUAUUGUUGAUCAUUACAAGACGAAACAACUUUAUUCUUCUCUAACUUAUGCAAGAGAAACAGAAACAAUUUUUUGGUUUUUAGUUUUUAUUUUGAUUUUAAUUUUCAUUGUUUUGUAUUAUAGAUAUACAACAGUGUUCAAACACACAAUGAAAGAUAUAAGAAGACUUGUAUUAGUCCUGCAUUCGAAGUAUUCUCCAACAGAAUCAAUUAUGAUUAAUUCUUUUACUCCUGGAGCGCAAAAUGACAAAAAAUCAAUAAAUUUGGUUGAAUUCUCUGACACAAUCAUUUCGCAGUUGUUUGAUCCUGUUUUAUUCUUUAACAGUGAGAAUAAUAUCAUUGACAUGAACAAGCAAAUAACUGCACAACUUGGAUUCACUAGAGAAGACAUUUUAAAUGAAAAAGUCCAUAAAAUCAUUCCCAAAAAAGAAAACAAAGAAAUGUUUGAUUACAUUAAAUUAAUGUAUACACCAUUAGGAAUUCGUGCGAAACAUCAGUUUAAUAUUAAAGCAUAUACAAAAGAAGGAAAUGAAGUUAAUUUUAGUUCGUUUUUGGUUCCGAUUUCUCAUAAUGGAAAUUUAGUUUUUGGUUUGUUGAUGAGAAAUCAAUCGAGAAUUGAGGAACUGAAACAAGAAGUUACAUUGUUAGAUAAGAAAGUUAGAAUAUUUCUUGAGAGAUUAGUUCCUUCUCCUGUAGCGAAUAUGAUGAUGGAAAACAAGAUGCCGAAUUAUUUCACUUGUAAAGGUUGUGCUGUUAUGUCUAUUACAUUGAAAAGACAAACAGAUAUUGGUACUAAAGUUAGUAGAUUGGAUGUGACUGAUAUUACGGAAAUUGCUAUGUCUAUAAUGGAUAGAAUUGCAGAAAAUUAUCCAAAUAUUCAUAGGAUAAGAACUUUUAAUGGUGUUUUCAUUUACGUCUCUGGAUUUUUCGUUGAAGAAAAACCAAAUGAUUCUGUAACUUCUUUGGCUCAUUUCGCUUCUGAAUGCGCGGCAUCUAUCAAUAAAUCACUUGAAUUUCAUUCAUUCCUUUCAGGAAUUAUCAAUUACGGUGGUCCUGUUUAUGGUUUGAUGUGUGGAAUAUCUAAAACAGUUUUCGACAUGUUGUCAAAACUUUUGGUCGAAACUUAUGAUUUUAUUGACAUUGUUCCACCAGGAAAAUUAGUUUUGUAUGAAAAUGCUUAUCAACAGCUGGAAAAUACAACUCCUUACGUCAAAUUCCAGCCAAUAAGACCUGUUGAGAAGCAAUUAUAUGUCUUGCAUUCUUAUAUUGGAAUGCAAUUCGAGAGUAAUUAA